AUGGAGAAAGAAGCCGCCGUUGACGAAGCACGACGCGACGACACCAUCGCCAAAAUGAACAUCGCAAAGCUCCCUGGUACAGUAAACACCGCUCCUCGACGCAUUGUCACAGCACCGGUUCAUUCGCAGGCCUCCCGGGCCGAUGCAGCGCCCUCAACUCCACAGCCCGGAGGCAUCGAGACGCUCUAUAGCCAUCCUUCGGUCAAAAUAAUAGCCUUCACGGCUGGACCUCGCACUUUUGAUAGCCCAGGUCGGACGGUAUCAUCUCCAAUAGAGGUUGAACCGGGCUCUUUAUCUUGGUCUUCCCAAUUGGAGCGAACAAUUGCUGUUGGCCCAUUUAGAAUAUAUCGUGCCCCUGGCUCAGUUGCGUUUCUCAACUGCGGUUCCGCGCUGCAACCAAUUCUACCCAAGAGCCAGUGUUGGUGUAUCGAUGAGUGCUCGAGUAAAUUCGUGCUUCAGAUAAGACGUCCACAAUACUGGCGGAUCGAGAUCGCUGUCGAUGUUGAAAAGGCCCAGGCACUUCGCGAUGUCUUUGAUAAAAUUUUGCAGUUUGAGAAGACACCCUGCCCGUUUCAGCGAGCUUUCACGGUCGAACUGCCACAAAGGCCGCAAACCUCGGUCAAGAAGCGUCCAUGGACGCCUGUCCAGCGGAAACCAUCAUUACAGUUUCCACCCACUCCAGUUACGCCCGAGGCCGAACCACCGAUCGCACUGAUGGGAAAGAGGAGCAGUGAUUUUUACAAACAGGCAAGCGGCUCGCCAGCUGAAAAUGCGACAACGCCGACUUUGCCUGCGAUUCAGAAGACAAGGAGGAGAAAUAGUGCAUCGGCCAAAACGGAAGGCUCGGAGGAAACCCCCACGCCGACUCUGACACCGGAUUUGACCGCGACCCUGAUCCCGGUGGUCCAGGGAAAUAUCAAGACGGAGCCCCUGUCGCAAGACUCGUCGAAAACCAACAUCGAGCCAAUCCUCGCCAUCGAUGCCAAGGCCGCGAUUACCCGACACCAUCUAGGCUUUCAGGCCAGCCGAUCUGUUACUGCUCCACCACAGCUGUCACUACUGAAGCCUUCAUCAAAGCCUUGCACUGAAACAUGUGAGCUUGGAGAAUCGCAUGCAGAAGAUAGCGAAGAGCAGAACUCAGAACCGAACUCGCCAACAGACUCUUCGGCUUCUUUCCACAGUCUCCAGAGUUGGCAUUCUUCCAAGGGCCCGCUUCCUCCUUCGCCACCACUUUCUAAUCCCAACUCACCGAGAACUUUUCCUUAUCCCCAUGAAAACAUCCCAUUACCGCAGCCCGUCUCCUCUAGGGUGCAGCUGGAAGAUAAGGAACCCCCAAUGACCGCAUUGAGGCAGAGCUUUGCUGAAGGUGACUUGAGUCAUACGAUAGCUCCUCACGAGGAUGCUAGUGUGGACGAGUCAAGCCUCAAAGACCAGUCUGUCUCCGUCUCCAGCGAUUGCAUAUCCGAGACUUCAGCUUCGCAUGCAUCCUCCUGCGAGGAUACCUCUCAACGACCACACACGCCGGCAACCGCUGCCAGUACAUCAACGGAUUUGAGUCGCAGGCCUCGCAUUAGACACCGCCCAACGACCAGUAGCAUUUCUGUCAGCCGAGCCCUCUCUCCUCUACCAUCUGCCGCGAACCUUUUCUCCCCUCACAACAAGUUCAGAGCCCUCGGUCGCCCUACGACCAGGCUCCAAGCUGUCAGCCGAAUCCCUGGGGCCAUAAUACACAAAACAUGCGAGAUACUCCUUUCUCCUCCCAGCCAUUUGAUCAACCUGAUGCUCAACGUGGCAGCGCGAAUCACAGGUGGCGAGUGGCGAGGAUUUGUGUUUGGUGUCGGCGAGUCUGGUGAACAGAUUCCCGUACAGUGGGACUAUUCGGACAGCAGCGACACGGGCAGCACUACUGGCCGUUGCUGGGAGGUCAACGACGAUGACGAUGCAGAGGGUGAUGAUGUGCAGUCGUGGCAGGAGAGUCGCAUCUCAGCCACGGACGGUGCCAAGGCGAGGAUAGAGACUGCUCUUGCCAGCAAGGAAUCUGCUGUCGAUGAUUGCCAGGGCUGGGAAGUCGACUAA